AUGACCGUCCCCAACGGUAAAGAAGCCAGGGUACUGUGGUGGCUGGCGGAGCGGCUCUUGACCGCCUGGCAGUAUAUUCCAAUUCCAGCGUCGUCUCCAAUCAUUCUUCACCCUCCGCAGCCCGGUCGAGGUCAAGCUAUUCCCAUCUGCCCGUACUUUGCGAUUCUCCGAUCGUCUUCUUUCCAUUUUGGUCUUCCCCUGCGUCCUGUCUGUCCUACAACUUGUCGAUCAUCGCCGCAUCACCUGCAGGUGGUGGGAAGCGCCAUGAGCGUGUUACUCGAAACGUCUCUAGGCGAUAUUGUCAUCGACCUCCUGGUCGAUGAGUCACCCAAAGCAUGUGAGAACUUCCUAAAGCUAUGCAAAGUCAAGUAUUACAACUUUUCGCCCGUCCAUAGCGUCCAGAAAAAUUUUACCUUCCAGACCGGUGAUCCCCUGGGACCCGACUCCCCGGAAAGCGAUGGCGGUUCGUCGAUAUGGGGCCUCUUGGAAGGUCCUUCGAAGAGAACCUUCUCCUUGGAACACCCGCCGAAGUUGAAACACGAUGAACGAGGGACUGUCAGCAUGGCAACGGUGCCGUCGCCGGCUGACCCUGAUCAGCGCAUCGCCGCGAGUCAGUUUAUAAUUACGCUGGGAGAUAGUCUGGACUACUUGGACGGGAAAGCGGUGAUCUUCGGGAAGGUGGUUGAGGGAUUCGAUGUCCUUGAAAAGGUCAAUGAUGCUUUCGUCGAUGAUCGAGGCCGACCGCUUAAGGACAUUCGUAUCCGCCAUACAGUGAUCCUCGACGAUCCAUUUGACGACCCGCAAGGUCUCGUGGUACCUCCAGAGAGUCCUUUACCGUCCAAGGCCCAGUUAGCUACUGUCAGGAUUGCCGACGACGAGGAACUUGACGACAACAUGGAUGAAGAGGCUAUGGAGAAGCUCCGGAGGGAGCGUGAGGCCAGAGCGCAAGCGCUGACCUUGGAAAUGGUGGGAGACCUUCCUUUCGCUGAGGUCAAGCCACCAGAGAAUGUCCUGUUUGUCUGCAAAUUGAAUCCCGUCACGCAAGACGACGAUCUGCACCUCAUCUUCAGUCGGUUUGGAAAGAUCCUCUCAUGCGAAGUCAUCCGCGACAAACGAACGGGGGACAGUUUACAGUACGCGUUUAUUGAGUUUGAGAAUCAGAAGGACUGUGAGCAGGCCUAUUUCAAAAUGCAGGGUGUUUUGAUCGAUGACCAUCGUAUACAUGUGGAUUUCUCCCAGAGUGUAUCCAAAUUAUCCGACAGCUGGCGCAAUGCUACCAUUUCCAAACGCAGCGGUCAACGAGGAGGAUUCGGUGGCGUGGACAGUCUCGAGAGGAAGCGCCAAUAUCGGGCGUCUGACAACCCUCGUCAACAUGAUGAUGACUAUGGCAUGGUCUUCGACAAGAGGGAUUCGCGGCGGACCAGCCACAGUCCCCAGAGAGGUCCUCGUCGCGAUCGAAAAGGCAGCCGCAGUCCGCGACGUGAUUCAUACCGGAGCCGAUAUCGCGACCGAUCACACAGUCGGAGUCCGCCACGCAGGGAUUCAUACCGGGACAAGGACCGCAGCCGGUACUACGACCGUGACCGACGACGGGAUGAUCGCGACACGGAACGGUAUCGGGAGCGACGACGUCAUUGA